AUGAGCUGGCGGCAAAGCCUCACAGAUGGCCCUCUGGCAUGGACGUGCGGCUGCCACUGCCAAGGCCCUGGGGCUGAUGAUACCGACGGGGAGGAGCCUGCCCGGUUCAUCGAGGGCCUGGAGGAGUUGACCAAUGUGGAUGCGGUGUUGGACGCGGAAGCGAACCUUCGCCAGCUGCCGCCCGGGUAUCAUUUGAGCUUGCUGGUCUUUGGGGCAAAGUCCUCAGCGGUCUGCAACCUCCUCGCCGGCAAGGACGUAUUCAGCGGCGAGCAGAGCCCUCUGGUGACGAAGCUCGACACAGUGACGAGCUGGGAAGCGGCGGAUGGGUGCCUGACCGUCAUAGACAUGGCGGGCCUGGACAAGAUGCCGCCCAGCGAGGAACAGGCAGCGCGGCUUCUAGGCGAUGUCCUCCUCGCAGCCCCCAAGGGCGUGGGCAUGUUCCUCUGCGUGCUGCGCUUCGGCAGCGUCACGGAGGAGAGCCUGUCGCAGCUCAUUUUCCUGCUGCAGUACCUCUUUGGCAACGGGAGCCUUCUGAACUUGUACGUUGCAGUCACGUGCGCGCCCUCCUACCUGCAGACGCCCCAAGCCGCAAACGAGUGGGUGCUGGCCUUUGCGGAAACGGACCCCGGAUUUCGGCAUCUCUUUACUUUGGUUGGCAAGAACCCAGCAAGGUUUGUGAUGCUCGGGACGCCGCCCUCAGCGGAGCUGGGCAGUCCUAUCGAGGAGUAUCGUCAUGCCAGCGCGAGGGCGCUGCUCGCCACGUGCCGCCAACAUCCCCUGCACACCAUGCCGCCGCAUCGCCUGCGGAUGAUGCGAGAGGUGCUGGACGUGAUCAAGGUGGAGCGGGACAUGCUCGACGAGAAGCAGUACAAGGUGGCGCGCUUGCGGGCGGAGCUGGAGCUGAGGCCCAGGACCAAGAUGGACUCCGAGCCCCAGGACACUCAGCCUGAAAAGCCUGCGAGGGUGUCCAUCAAGAACCAGGCCAAGCCGCUUCUGGCCGCCUUGGCCUUUGCAGAUGACCUGAACGUGAAGGUCAUGGACCCCAAGCAUUUGGACACCAAGGAGCUCUGCAGACAGCUUGAGAAGGCGGAGAAGGAGGUUGGGGUGCUGCACGAGCACAUUGCCCGAAAGCUGGCUGAGGCGCAAAAAGCGAGCUUCUUUCACGAGCAGGUCAAGGCCGUGGUGGUUCGAGCCCGCGUCAGGUACAUGGAAGACCUGCAGACGGCCACCUCCUCCACCCACGACUUGGUUGCCCAAGGCGGAGGCAAGUCCAACAUCGUGAAGUCUGUGGGCAAGAAAUUCUUCAACGCUUUCGGCCGCAAGGAGCAGGAACCUGGCGGCCAGGAACAGCCUCAGGAGGGGAAGCCCACAGGCUUUGAGGUGUUCACCACCUUGUCUGCCACCAUGGCCGCGGAGAACAUCGAGGAUCGGCCUCCUUGUCUCAUCUUCGACUGGGAUGACACGCUGUGCCCCACCUCCUGGAUGCGCAGUGUGGAGAAUUCGGCGGCGGGGCACAGCUUGAAGCUGGCGUUGCAUGUAGGCAGGGUGGAGCAAGUGCUGCGGGCCGCGCGGAGUUUUGGGUACGUGGAAAUUGUCACCUUGGCCAACAAGCAAUGGCUGGAGCAGACCACGAAGUUUCUGAAAAUCGGGAGCCUGGACCUCCAAGAGCUCUUCAAGGAGCUCGACAUCCGCGUGCCCUGCACCCAGCAAACGAUGGAUCGCCAGUUCACCCAUCGCUUGGAUCCAGCGGCUUCCCUGCCCAGCAAUUCCUCUCAGGAACUACGCGCAGGUGCGCACGGCCAAGACUCAGGCGCGGGGGAGUAG